AUGCGACGUAUAACUGUAUUUGAACAUCGGUGCAUGAGGACUUCCACAAUUUUACAAGUGAAGGGAAGCAACAAAAACAAUUUUGAAACAGCCACCAAUACAGCGGAGAGUGAAGUUUUUGGCGCUGGAGGACUCAGUUUCGAGCAAAAGAGAUUGCUGGACGAUGCUAUGCUCGAUGUUGACUCCUCGGAUGAGGAAGAAAGUAUCGACGUGGACCAUCCGAUUUACAAUAAAACUGCAGCUGCAGCUGCGAGAAAGCACAUCAAAAUCAUUGGUAAGAAUAGUCAGAGAAAGCUCUGGGCAAAUCUCAAUUCACAGCCUCGCUCAUAA